UCUCAGAUGCUAUGACGAUCCUUACCACACAAGAUCAGAGCCUGCUAAGAAGACCCAAGAUGGCCUGGUUUGGGGACAGACUGAGCCAGUUCUCAAACCUGACAGAUCAGAUCUCCAGUUUCACUAAAGAGGUGCUCACUGAGACAACAGAAGAAGUGGAAGACCCUGCAGCUGAGCUCCAGGUGGCCAGGAGGAGAGUGACUGAGUUGGAGGAGGUCAAUCAUCACAUCAGGACUGAGCAUGAGAAACUGAAGGUACAUUGCGAGGAGGUGACUGAACGCUUGGAGACUUCAGAGUACCAGAUAUCCACCAUUUCUCAAGAGUAUCGUAAACUACUACAGGAAAAAGAAGAAGCAUUGAACAAAGUUAGAGCUGAUAAUGAGAGGUUACGACAAGAGCACAAACACCUCGUGAGUGAUGCAACUGCACAGUCUCCUUUACAAGAGCUAGCCGGUAGUGGACAGUUCUUUCAAAAUGGCGGUGGCUUUGAGACGAUUGACCUGGGGGGUGGGGAGUGGGCAGAGGGGGAUUAUCACAAUUUCAGUGAUGUUGUUACAUCACAGAGUACGAUCAACCAGUUGCAGAGUGAGCUGGCGAGGGUCAAGGUGGAGUGCCAGCAAUGGAGGGAGCUAGCUGAACAGAACACAAGUACAGACACCACCGCUCUCCUGAGAGAGGAAAUUAAGGAGCUUCAAGGCUCACUACACCGUGAAAGGGAACAACACGAACAGGAGUUGUCGUCCAUAGCAACCCGACAGUCAGAGCAGAGGACAGGAGAUGAAGAGGAGGUUGGUUGGAGGGAGAGGUGUGCUGAGCUACAAGCCGAGGUGGCCUCCCUAACACAAGGGGAGGUUGAACUAGCGGCAACUCGAGAAAUGAACUCACAAUUACAGAACAAGCUACGUGUGUUGGUGCGUGAUAAAGACGAACUUGAAGAGAGAUUAGCAGAGAGUGUGUGUGCAUUGGAGAGAGAGAAGGACUCGGAAGUGUUACGAUUGGGCAGUGAGAAGUUGCGACUAGAGGCAGAGUUGAGAGGACUACAGGGAAGCAUAGCAAACCACCAGGAUGUGAUUAACAAGCUCCAAGAAGAGCACAGUCUAGCUCAGAAUGAAAUCAAGUUACUCAGACACAAUAUCGAGGCUCUGGAGGGACAAGUGACUGCUAAAGAAGCCACUUUGACACACCAGCAGAGGGAGGAUGGGCAACGGACACAGGACAUCACACCCACUCAGGCAGAACUAAACACUCUAAGUGAACAAGUUACACACUUGCAACAAGAGAUGGUUGAUAUCACAAGUAGAAACAACGAAGAAAAGGAAACUUUAGAGGAAAGGUUCAAAGUUCAGGAUGCUAACACAAAGCAACAACUGUUGGAAAAGGAUCGUAUUAUUCAAGAACUUACUGCUAGCCUGGAAGAGGUGAAAGGUCGAUUAGCCGAGAGGGACGUGACUCGUGAUACACUCAGUAGAGAGCUUGGCAGGAAAGAGGAGGAGGUGUCCAAAUACUCAAAGCAGCUGAUUCAACUACGGGCACAUCUACUAGAGGUGGAGGAACGCUACACUCAUGAAGCAUUGAGAGCGGAUGAAAGAGAGACGAUUUUGAGGCAAGAGCUCACACAACUUAGAGAGAGCAAUCAACCGUCAGCCAUUCAGGACAAUCAAGACAAUCAAUCUCUUCGAGAGCAGCUGGUUCGAGCACAGGAUGACCUCCAGACAAUGGUGGAUCAGAGGGACGACGCCCUCCUACAGAUGAGCAAUGCACAGGAACAGGCUCACCAGAAUGCCACUUCUCUACGAAACCUGCAGACUGUCCUGGAGCAGUUCCAGAGAGAUCAGAGCUCUGAAUUGGCUGAGGCUCUCAAACGCUCUCAACUGGACCUAGUUGAGGCUCGUAGUGAGUGUAGCCAGCUGACCAAUCAGCUUGAGGGGGCGGGGUAUCUCUCAGGGGAGGUAGUCUCUCUCAGACAAGAAGUGAGCGUGAAAAACGAGAGGAUUGUUGAGUUGCAGAGAGAGUUGGAGAGUGUGGGGGGUGCUCUGGAGGCAGAAAAGAGUGAGAGGAUGAAGAGUGACAACGUAGAUCGUGUUGACAGAGCACUUGUCAAGAACCUCGUACUAGGGUAUGUUCACACGACUGAUGCUAAGAAGCCAGAGGUACUCCAAUUGAUGGGCAAGAUAUUGGAUUUCACUGAGGACGAGUUGCUAGGGGCGAUGGGAAGGGGGCGUGGCAAAGGUUGGCUAUUUGGACUGUGGAGUGGACCGCACACUCAAUCAGAACAAUCGUCUCUGUCUCAACUUUUCAUCAAGUUCCUCGAGAGUGAGUCCUCCCCUCAGCUGGCCACACCCACACCUGCCACGCCCAUUACUGGAUAUGUGGACUCUCGUACGGACCCUGAUCGUCCAUCACUAGCCACAGCUGCCCUCGUGGGACCACCCCCUGUUACAACUACCUCAGAACCACACCCACCAACGUCUGAGACCCCGUCCAAUCAAAUUCAAGCAUUAGUGCCUAAAGACCAAGCUCAGUCAUCUAUACUCAAUAAUGUUCUUAAUAGUUAAUUUAAUUUAAUUGCGUCCGUGUUUGCAUUAAUUACUUAAAUAAUAUUCAACUCACAUGUUAACUCACAUGACUUACAAAAUAGUAUAAUAUAAUAUAUUACACAGCAUGCAGAAUUAUACAUAAAAACAAAAUCACACAAACUAAAGAACUUGAGCAACUAUGAGUAUACCUCACUACAGACACAACACUAACAUCGUCUUUACUAGGUGCCUGGCUAUAAUUGGUUUAUGCUUUCCUUUCAACUUCAUCGGAAAAGGUGGUAUAAUCCAUUUCCCCGGAAUCGUUGGCCUGGAACUCAAGGCCAAUACCCACGAAAGCUUUCUUGAUGGAGUCUUUUGAAGAAGCAUAAAUCAUUUUGUCCCCAAUCUUGGCAUUGUUAUCAUCACACC